AUGUCUGAUUCAGCUCCACUAGCACGAUUGGCUAUGUUCCAUUCACAUUUGAAGAAUAGAGACGUUUCGCAGUUGAAUCCGGAGUUUCCGUAUUUACCGAAACACGAAAGGAAACAGUAUGAGAAAUUCCAUCUCUUUACUUGUAGAUUGAAGCCAGCGGAGACAAAUGUGAACACCAUUAGUGUUCCCAAAGAGAAACAUGAUGAAAGUAGAACAACAAGCAACAUAGAAAAGAAGAGAUAUAAGCUGUUUGUUCCAGGAGGUUUUGAGUCCGUGCAAUUAGCCAUUCCCCAAGAAGACGCAAAAAUUCACAGUAAAGUCGUGACAUUGGUGAGACAGCUUAUCCAUAAAACCGAUGAAGGUGGCCAGGAGUUGAUAACCACAGAAUCUGGUUGGCUAGUAUUAAAUCAACUAUUGCAACUAGAUGAUUCAGAAGAUUCAGAAGAAUACAAAAGCAUUUUAUACGUUAGUGACAAAGAAGAAGAACUUUUUGCGGAUGGAAUAGAGAAUAAGAUUCACAAAAUAAAAAGUUCUCAGGUGGCAGAACAUGAUGUGCACGAGAGAAAGUACAGGGCUGUCGUUAUAGACGAAGAUUUAGACGACGUGGAGCAAUUAAUAUCAAAAAUUAAGACACACAACAAAGACUCAAUGUUGGUUCUAAAGUGUGAUCUCGACAGUGAGAGUUCUAUUGAGUUCGACAAAUGGCAUAUUGAUUAUUUAUUUGCAUCGUGUGGAGAGGCAAGCAUUCUUGUUCUCUCAGAACGAUUCACAGACAGUGUUGAGUGGACAGACCCCUUGAACGAGGAACUUCAAGAUCAAGAAUUGGAUAUUUCAGAUGUAUAUGACAAGCUAACAGCCGCGAAAGAGGUAUUACUUUGA